CAUUUACAUUGCGCUCUCAUAAGAUAGGUUGUUGUUGUUGUAGCGGCAGAAUUCAGCCGAUUUGAUCGUAUCAGCUGAUUCAGUCUACGGUGUUGCGUCAUUGACUGUUUCCAGCAUUACAGCAAGUGAAAAGCCAAUGCAUGAAGGAUUUAUGCAUGUUUUUUAUUCCCUCUUUUUGUUGUAACUGUAACAUUGACAAGUAGGUGAAGAUGGAGCUAUGAAUGUGUAUGGACGCCCAGUGGGAGCAAAAGUACGUGUGUAUGUAUGUAUAUAUGAAUAAAAGUGGCCAACCGUUCAUUAACAAAAAUAGAGUACAUAGCGCUGAGAUUACACUGUGCAACAAAAUUACACUUCUAUGAAUGUGGUCAAAAAUAUUAUUACGACCUAUAAUGCAAAAAAAAAAAUUGUUAUAACACAUUUGUUUACCAGCGCUCUGGUUAUCUGAAAUAUAUAGAAACAUAUUCUACUUGUUAGAUCCAUGCGCCGAUAGUCAUUAAAGUAUUUUUAUCUACCUUUUCAACCAAAAACGUAAAAAGGCUGUUGGUCCAAAAAAUAAACUGCUUAAUAAUGGUCAUUUGCAUUAUCAGUAUCUUCUAUCUAUCUUUAAUGUUUACUCAAAACUACUACAAAUUCAAGAUGGACAUUAUUAUUGGUGAUAACUUUGAUAUAAGAUACAAUUUAAUAAAUUUCGUUUAAAAGAUGAAAAUUUUCCUGAAAAUUAUGUAUUGUAUAAACCUUAUAUGAUAUAUAAUGAAAUUAUGAUACAUAUGUACAAUAUAUGGCCGUUGGGUUAAUGAAUAAAUUUUAGAUGUUUACUUUUACAAAAAUCGUAAUUCUAGCUAAUUGGUUUCCAGUGAUUCCGCUAUGACCAGACACCGAAACGAAUCUGAUACUGAAGUAUCUUGAUACAAUUUCUAGUGAAGGCAGACACUCUUUAACUAACUUUGAAUACACAGUUAGCGAGCUCAAUGCUAAUACUGCCGUUCUGCUGCCGUAAUGAAUGCUUACCUUCUUGAAAAAGGCAGUACUUAUAAGCAGUAAAUCUAAGCUUGCCGAACAACUUCUUACAAAAACAGCCAGGAGAAAUAUUUCUUUUUCAACUCAGUUUUUAAGGCCCACACACGUUAACAGUCGCUUUUGAGAUUUACUUACCGAAUAAAUCUACAUGAGCUACUAAUUUAUCUAAAAGCCAAAAUUAUUACCUUACUUUAAACUGUGGUUUCAUUUCUUUUUUACAACCACUACAGCACAGUGUAGCAUUAGUUCAACUACUCGUAAAUGAUAUAUGGUAUAUGUGCUAUAUGAGUAUAUAACAUGAGUAACGGGCAGUGACAGGCUGAAGUUAAAUGCUCACCAUGCAUACCGUACAAACAGCUAAAGAGAAUCGUGAAAUAAGCUGGUAAAACAAAAUAUUUUAUAUUUUUGUUGUUGUGUUUAAUGUUGUUGUAGUAUUGGUAUUGGUAUUAAGACAUUCGGACGUUUUCUGUAUUUUUACAAUUUCAAAAAAAUCAGUUUCGUUGGCAAUGCGACUCGCGAAACAACAAAAUCGCAAACGCAUAGAAGAAAGAAGGAAAGCAAAGGAAGUAUUUACAUACAUACAUAUGUAAGCAUAUAUGCAUGUACAUAUGUGUAUAAGUAAAGUAAGGAAAACAUUUGAAAGCAUAGACAAAUGUACUUGUAAACAUGUAUGGAACAAAGCAAAAUUAGUUGGAGGCCGAAAAUGAUUUCACAGACAAAGUAAUCUCGUGAAACAGCGGUACGUUAGAGGCCGAAAAAAGUGCAUAGGGAAAAGAUAUAGCGCUGAAAUGACGGCAGCAACAGGCGGAAAGGAAGUGCUUCGAUGUGCAUGCUAGUGCGUCGAGAAUAGUUUUUUUGAACCAAUGAGAAAAAAGAAAUAAAAAAAACGGAAAUUAUAAAUGAAAAAAGCUAAUAUUUUUAUUAUUUGGCGUGAAGGAUAAUUGUAAAAAAAAAGAAAAAAAAAAUUUCUACUAAAAAAAACUAUACAAAUAAAUGUAAACAAUGAUAAAUACACAAUUAAAAUUAAUAGACUUAUGAAUGUCAUGAGUAAAUAUAUUUCCGGUAUUAAAAUAUGAACAAAACGUUUUGAAAAGAAAACUGAAAAUAACAUCGAAAAUAAAUAAAAAUAGCAAUACUAUAUUCUGUAUACAAAUUUUGUGGUAAUUGAUUUUAAAAGUGAAAAUAAAACAUUCUAAUAAUUUUUGAAGUGCUGAUAAUAUGAAUACUAUUUAGUGUAAUAAAUUAAUUUUUUGCACUUAAUGCGGUUUUUGAAGUUAAAAAAUAAGCGGCUAAAAAUAAACUAUUUAUUUUAAUAAUUCAGUGUUGAUGAUGAUUGACUCAGUUGGUGUUCAUUAAAAUAAAAACAAUAAACAAUGUUUGGUGCUUUCAUCAUUGGCCAAUAAUAUAAAAAAAAUGUUGUAAACGAUCGGUUUAUUAAAACUUUGCGGGCAUUUAGAAUAAACAAGUAUCAAUAAAAACUUUUUCUUUAACAAAUUGUAAAUAUCAGUUGUAAAUAAAACUAUUAUUUAUAUUUCAAAUGUGAGAAAUGGUAUGGUAUUGUUUUAUUAUAAUUUCUGGUUUCUGGAUAUUAAAAUAAUUAUAAUAUAUUUAAAUUUUUUCAACUAUUAAAUAAUUUAGUUACAUUUUUUUAAUGAGCUGAGCUUAAAAAUUAAAUAUAAUAAACUGAGCUUGGAUAAUAAUUCAAAAAUUAGAACGAAGUUGAUCAGUUAGAGCCGUAAAAUUUCGUAAAUUAAAGUACUUCAAAAACAAAAACAAUAAAAAGCAAAGUUCACAUAGAAAAAACUAAAAAUGUGCAAAACUAGUAAAAACUAUUAAAACGUACUUUGCCACGACGCAAAAACAAUCCCUAAAUAAAAAAAUAAAUAAAUAGUACAAAAAUUGGAUAAUACUUAAAUAAAGCAAACUAAACAAAAUAUUUAUUUUCUUAGCAACUAAACACAGUGGUUGUGGAACUCAAGCCCCGAAAAAGAAUAAAAAAAACGUUAAACAGAUAUAAAUACGUACGAAAGACAGACGCAGGAAAAAAUAAUAAUACAAGAACCAUCAUUAAGCUUACAUACAUACAUAUUUAUAAUCUGUAUAUUUCAUAUAUGCACGACUUCCACGUGCCGUGUGUUUUCAAUUAUCGAUUGGUGUUAAUUUAAAAAUUGCUUAAAACUAAAUGAAAUUAAGUGAGACUGAAUUUGAAUGCCAAAAAUACACUUGAAUAUAAUUUGGUAAAAAGCGCACAAGAAAUAAAUAUAAUAUAAUUGGUAUUCAGCUGACAUAGCGAAUUUGCUGCAAGACUCUGCUUCACACAACUUCCAUUGCUGUUAACAGCUGCUUCAAGGGAUAAUUAGCCUCGCUCAGUAAAAUGGAUUGGAAAACUUUAUCAAGCAGUGAGAAGAGCCCAAAAAUGGAGCGCUGGAAACCAAAUCCAAUAUUGGAACCGGAACCCCCACCGCCUAUACCACCACGCACUUUUAUGCGUCAAUCGAGUUUCACGAAAAUUGGAAAUAUGCUUAAUACGGCUAUAAAUAUGAAUGGCACUAAAAAAAUACAGAGUAAUGGAGAAGCUUCCUGGUGCUUCUCACAGAUAAAAGGCGCCUUAGAUGAUGACGUCACCGAUGCUGAUAUUAUAUCCUGUGUGGAAUUCAAUCAUGAUGGUGAAUUGCUGGCAACAGGUGAUAAAGGCGGACGUGUUGUCAUCUUUCAGCGCGAUCCAAUGUCGAAAACGGCCAUACCACGUCGCGGUGAAUAUAACGUUUACUCAACCUUUCAAUCGCAUGAACCCGAGUUCGAUUACCUAAAGUCAUUGGAGAUAGAGGAGAAAAUCAAUAAGAUACGAUGGCUGCGAAGAAAGAAUCCUGCGCACUUUUUACUAUCCACCAACGAUAAGACGGUUAAAUUGUGGAAGGUCAGUGAACGUGAUAAGUCGUUUGAGGGCUAUAAUACAAAGGAGGAGAGCGGUCUGGCGAAGGAUCCGCAAAAUAUAACUGGCUUAAAAGUUCCUUCAGUUAAGCAAAUUCCGCUUAUGGUGGAAGCGUCACCACGCCGCAACUACGCCAAUGCACACACCUAUCACAUCAAUUCAAUUAGCGUUAAUUCUGACCAAGAGACUUAUCUGUCCGCGGAUGAUUUACGAAUCAAUCUGUGGCAUCUUGAGGUGACCGAUCAAAGUUUCAAUAUAGUCGAUAUUAAGCCAGCUAAUAUGGAAGAGCUAACGGAGGUCAUAACCGCUGCCGAAUUCCAUCCAACCGAGUGCAAUGUAUUCGUGUACUCGAGCUCGAAGGGCACAAUACGUCUAUGUGAUAUGCGUUCGGCUGCGCUGUGCGAUCGACAUAGCAAACAGUUCGAAGAGCCGGAGAAUCCAACGAAUCGCAGCUUCUUUAGUGAAAUUAUAAGCUCGAUAAGCGAUGUAAAGUUAAGCAAUUCGGGUCGUUAUAUGAUCUCUAGGGACUAUUUAAGUAUUAAAGUGUGGGAUUUGCACAUGGAAACGAAACCAAUUGAAACUUAUCCGGUUCACGAAUACUUACGCAUUAAACUCUGUUCACUGUAUGAGAACGACUGUAUUUUCGACAAAUUCGAAUGUUGUUGGAAUGGCAAAGACACUUCCAUAAUGACGGGCAGCUAUAACAAUUUCUUCAGAGUGUUUGAUCGCAAUUCGAAAAAGGAUGUCACAUUGGAGGCGUCACGCGACAUUAUCAAACCAAAAACGGUGCUUAAACCGCGUAAAGUUUGCACCGGUGGCAAGCGAAAAAAAGACGAGAUUAGUGUCGAUUGUCUCGACUUCAAUAAGAAGAUACUGCACACCGCUUGGCAUCCGCAAGAGAAUAUAAUUGCUGUGGCGGCCACAAAUAAUCUGUUUAUAUUUCAGGAUAAGUUUUAGCUAAAACUCUCUCAUCUACUUCAGUUCUACUUCAUCACCACCACCAUUAUGGCGUCGUUAAGAAUAAUUAUUAUGCUUAAUUCUAAAUUUUAUACUUAUCGCUGCUGCAAAUGCUAUCACUCACUACUACUACUACAUGCUAUCAAUACGGUGUAAUCAGAGCAACAAACAAACAAAAAUAAAACAAAUAAUACGAUUAAGUUUUGAUCGUAAUAUUAAACGAAAUACGAGUACGGACAGGGAGACAAGACGAAAGCGUAGGCGUAGGCGAUGUCACAACUCAUAGCAUCAUACAUACAUAUAUAUACACAUAUAGUUAGAUAUAACUUACUAUUAGCGCUAAUAAUUAACGAAACAAAAUCUCGAUUGGCAAUUGAUUAUAUAUGAUACAGCAAAAUAACACGGUAUGUGUGCGGUCGGUGUGUGUGUGUAAGCCUCAGCCGAAACAAACGUAAAAUUUAAAAUUUUGUACUCAAACGUGGCUUACACACGCGCGACAUGCUUGCAACGAUCAUAGCAUAAGCAAAGUGAUGAAAAAAGUGUGUGAAAAGUAGAGUGAAGGCGCGGGGAGGGAAAAAUGCGGCUGGCUGCGCCAGUAAAACCAAACAAUAUAAAUCGUCUACUAUUGCGCACAAAGAAAAAAGAAAAAAAUAAACGCCUUAAACUAAAACUUUGUACAGUACUCUGAUUACAAUUCUGUUAAAUUCCCUAAAACAAUGUUGCCUCGGCUAUAGACUUUCAGCUACUUUUAGAAGAGAGCGUGUUUUUUUAUACAAUAUUUAUGCGAAAUCAGUAAGAAUAACAACUAUUUAUGCAGUAAUAUGUUUGCUUAAUUUGUAAUAAAUACGGAAAUUGUUAAUAAUAACUCUAUUUUUAUUUCUUUUCGUUGAUACGAACAUAUGAAUUAAGUUGGAAAUUCACAUUAAAAAGUAGAAAGAAAAAAAUAUAAAAAUAUCAUAAUUGUAGUUUCAUCUUAGAAAACUAUAAUUUUUAAGUGUAAAAGUGAGGGAUUCCACAGCUAAUAACGGCAUAUUAAACAUUAUUACAACUUUACAUUGCUUCGAAGAGCAAAAACUAAAAUAACAUAUUUUAGAAAUAACAAAAAAGACAAAAAUUGCUAUAAAUAUUGAAUGCAUUAUUUAUGAGAGCAUAUGCAGUGAUUUCCAAGCUAAAAUACAAAGCUGAGGUUUUUCUUGAAGGACCUACAGUUGCGUGUACAGCGAAAAUCUUGUGCUAUUUUUAAUAUUUUUCUUUAAAGUAAGUGCGCUCUACUUUUCAUUGAACUUCGAAAAAAUAAAAAAAAUGUAGGGCCCAAUAUUUUCAGCGUAUAUUUACGCAUAUAAAAAUUGGCUGGUAGUACGACCCAUAUUGCUGGUGUAAAGUUAGACUUUGACUGGUUAUAAAUUUACGUGUGUAACGUCAUUUUCGAUUUUUGUGCUAUCAGUUAACGGAAGCUAUGAAACUCAACGAGCAAUCUUGUUUGUUGUACGUGUAAAACAGAUGAUGUUAUUUAAAUAAAGUAGUAGUAAUAAUGACAGGCGUACGUAUGUUAUAAAGCAUUAACAAGCCGGGUUAAAGCAUUUGGCUAAAAAUUCAGUCUUCAUUCAUUUUCGUACUUAUUACAAAUAAAUACUUUUACGCCAAUGCAAAAUGUGUGAAAUUUGGUCUGAUAAUUUCUAAAACUGGCCAGAACUUCUAUGGAUUUCAUAUUCUUCGCCACAGCGCAAUGCAGAAAUUCUAUAUUUUUUUUACAGUAAAUGUAUUUGUGUGCAUAUAAUAGCGGUUAAGACGUUUGUAAUACAUAUAUGUGCUCUUAUUAUUUUGCUGUGUAAAAGUAUGUGUUGUUACGCCUAAUUUAUACUUUUGAGUUAUUCUGCUGCCAGUUUGUAUUUCUGUAAACAUUUUCAUUCCACGAAAAUCUGCCAAAGCAAUGCAAAAAGAAAGAAUGGAAUAUAGUGAAAUAUUCUUCUUUAAAAUACAAUAAUAUGGUAUUGUUUACAAUAUUUUAUUUUAUAUUGCCACAGCAGAGAAGAGGAAAUAUAAAUAAACAAAUAAUUGGUGUCACUAAUUUUUUAUUUUUAUUUUUGUGUUGAAUACCGGACGCUGAGCAGUGAGCACAGUGCUGGAACUAAAACAAAAAUGAUUAUAACGACGCGCUUGAGUAGUCAGAACUAAAUUUGAAGAAACAAAACAA